AUGGAGUCGGAUGACGAUGUUGAUAAUGAGUCAGAGGUUAUGUCUGGAGGUCAGGGGUCAAAGUAUGAGACUAAAGAAACACCCGGUGAAAAGUGGGCAGAGAAAUGUCAGCCAGUAAAACAAGAAGCACCGAAGAAGCAAACUGCAUCAUGUGGAACCAAUACCAAUGACAGGCAACCAUUACGUAUCAUUACACCAAGGGUACCACCCAAAACACCACCACCAGUCCAAGCUGCCACUAAACAAGAAGGAAUGGUUGAGGGACUGAAAGGAGACAAGGAAUCCACAGUGUUUAUAGAUCUGAGAAAUUUUGAACAGAUCAGGCAAGAGCAACAGCAGAGUAUAGAGAGAGUACAAAAAGUUCUUGGCAUUCAACCAGAAUCAAGAGUUGUAGUUGACUCUAGUGAUUCGGACGAGGAUGUGGAGGACUGGAAAGAACAACGUCAGAAAUUCAAGCAACAUACCGUAUCUAGUGCUAAAUCAACGAAGAAAACAUACACUGCCAAUGAUAAACCACCUGUGCACAGGCAGCCACCUCGUGUAAUAAACAUGGCAGAUCUCCCCUCACGAUUGAGACCAGCAACAAGGGAAGCAACUCCCACAGAGAAUACACCAGUAGACAUAGAAGAGCAGAAGCGUAGACUUCUAGAGCAGAAAGAGAAAGAAAGACAGCUAGAAAUUGUCAAGAAAUUACGUGAACAGAGGGAAAGCGAGAGACAAGCCAAACUGCGUUUACAGAAACGUCUCGAUGCUCUGAAACCCAGUGCUUCAGUCAGUGGUAGACAGGAUCCUGCUGAAAAUACUCCUACUGUAUUUGAGCUGGAAGCAUCAUAUGAACCAGCUCCCCGUAAACUGCCCCCAGUUCUAUCACAAGAUACAGAUACUGUUCUACUUACCAUACACCUGUCCUCAAAUGGAGAGAUAGUUCUUCACAGGGGUAGUGGAAAUAAAAGUGUUGAUACAGGCAGUGGUUUAUCAGCAAGCUACACAGCAUUAUUAACCUGGCUUCUAGCUCUUGUUCCGAGUAGCUUCAACUACCUUCAGGAAGGUGGUGUAGCUGAGCCAUCUACACCAUGGAUACUGCCAUUCUAUGUGAUUGGUCUACAACAGGUGCUUCUUGAUGGUCAGUUGUGCCUCAUUGUAGCCGUCACUCCAGUAGAGCAAUUUGAUGCUAAAUUUAUACAAGGAAAAUCCAAGAAAAA